UGUUCUUUUACGAGGAAGGAAGACUACCAAUGGUCCAAAAGUCCAUGCCACGUAAUAAGCGCUACCAAGAUGGUCUUCGUUGAUUUUUACGUCGUGGUGGUUGCUCUGCCUUUUCGUUCUAGAGAGAGAAUGGAAGAAGAAACGUGGCGAGAAAGAUAGAGGAAGAGCAUAUUUGCUGCUCGAUCUUGCUGAUGAACGAAGCGAGAUCCCAAGGUGGCAGUCGCCGUCAAUUCCGACCAGUGUGGCCAACAUUCAUCUGCUUGUGAAUCUGUGAUCCGAUCUCGUCUCCCCAUAGAACCUUCUUUGGAGGAACUGACAGUUCGAGAAUUUGUCAAUCAAGAAUGGGAACAACCAAGAGGCUUUAUCAAGUUUGGAAGGGGAACAACAGGUUCUUCUGUGGAGGUAGGCUGAUAUUUGGUCCGGAGGUGGGAUCGCUGCUUCUCUCCACUUUCUUGAUCUUCAGUCCUUCUGUUGUAUUCUGUACUCAAGUGGCUGCUAAGAUCAUCCAACCGUCACCACAUCUUGGCAUCUCUGUACUGGCUGUGGCUGUGCUUCUCACUGUUUGGGAUUUGCUAGUUCUCUUUAUGACAUCUGGUAGAGAUCCUGGUAUUGUACCUAGAAAUAAGCAGCCUCCUGAGGUGGAAGGUGAAAUUUCUUCUGCAUCAACAGAGUUCGUGAACAAUAGAAGUCCAGACUUAAGAUUGCCUCGAAUUAAAGAUGUCACAGUCAAUGGUGUUACAGUAAACGUUAAAUACUGUGAUACAUGCCUGCUUUACCGGCCUCCCCGUGCUUCCCAUUGUUCGAUCUGCAACAACUGCGUUCAAAAAUUUGAUCAUCAUUGUCCUUGGGUUGGUCAGUGCAUUGGGCUACGUAACUAUCGGUUCUACUUCCUGUUUGUUUCAUCUACAACCUUCUUGUGCAUAUACGUCUUUACCUUUUCUUGGGUAAAUAUCCUUUUGCAACGAUCACACAGAAGCCUCUGGAAAGCUAUGGCUAAAGAGGUUCCAUCAGUGGUUCUCAUAAUUUACACCUUUAUAAUGGUCUGGUUUGUUGGGGGACUCACAAUCUUCCAUCUCUAUCUGAUCAGCAGAAAUCAGACUACUUAUGAAAACUUCCGCUCCAGAUAUGAUAAGAAAGAAAAUCCAUAUAACCUGGGGGCCUGGAGGAACUUCAAAGAUAUUUUUUUGUCACCUAUCCCUCCUUCACUGAACGAUUUUAGAUCAAUAGUAAGAGAAGAGCCUGUAGAAUUUGUAGCAGCAGUUACUCCAGUUGUGGCAGGCAACUCCAUUGUGCCAAAGGAAAAUGCCAGCAUGGAAGUUAGCGAAACAAAAGUGGGAAUUUCUGGUAACAUGCAGCUUCCCAGAAUCCUGCAAGGCCUGGACUAUGGAGACAUUGUUGACAACCUGAAGAUUAGGGGCUCUGAUGUGGGGCACUCAUUUGAUUCAUUUAUUUUCUCUGUGGCACAAGAAACUACACAGGCUGGUGGUACCGACGAAGCAAAAGUUGCUGCAGAUCACCAUAACAUCAAUAUGGAAUCAUGAAAGUUGAUAUCAACAACUGUAGAUGAUGGCCGCACAUCAGCGUUGGUCCAGCAGGGUCGCUUGCUGUAUGAGUUCCUCUGUAUCUUAUGAAAAGCCUUGGACAUUUUGGGUUUGUACUUUUGUGCAGUGUCUCAGCAUAAGCAGCAGUGUGGCUCUUGGAGUUUGCGUUCAUGUGCCGCAAAUUUCAAGGAUGUUUUCAGCAAAAUAAAAAGCAAUAAAAUGCUGGGGAGAGUUUGUGAAAGCAAAAGGGGAAAAAAAAUGAUGUCUUUGCUAAUUGAAACUCAAUCUGUAUGCAGACAUUCGACAUGGUCUUGAAGGUUUCAACUUACAACCUGCAUGGUUGCCUAUUGAGAAAAAGAAGAAGCUUAUAAUUUUUUAUUUUGUACGACUAAAUUAUGUGCUUUGAUUUUGUAAUAUUAAAACAUAUACCAAUUACCAAGAGUGAGAUCCUGAACCUAGAACAGAAAUAAUGAAAAGUUUUUGAAUUUCUUAUACAGCAA